AUGGAACUCGACCGAAAUCUGUGGUACCUUGUUUUUUUUUUUGGGUUUAUUGCCCUCGCACUUCUUGUCUGGCUAAUUAAAAGACUUGUACCCAAUCCUCAAACCUUCUAUUCCAAGCACAUCAAGUUACCCUUACUCUAUCAUGGCGGUGAGAUCAGAAUAGCACCUAUGACGGCCGCUAUUUGCGUUACCUUUCUACUUGCCAAUGUCUUAAUCAUCCUUGUGCCACUCUCUCCGCUACCAGGGUGGCAGUUGGUGCAAAAGCGUACUGCAUUGGCGAGCCUUGUUAAUAUCACACCACUUUGCAUUGGUGGACGUGCUCAUCUUGUCGAUGCGCUAAAUGUCUCCCGACAACUAUAUCAAAUAGCUCAUUUAUGGAUUGGAAUUAUUGUGGCACUAGAAGCAAUAGCCCAUUCAUCCAUUAUCCUUUCUCUACACUCAGAUUCACAACGCGGCAAUAUAUUGACGUCUGGAUGGAUUGCCAUCGGCUUGCUUCUUGGAUCAGCACUCAUGUGUAUCUCAUUUGCCAAGAGACUGUUUGGCCGGUGGUUUCUGUGGGCUCAUAGAAUGAUCGCGAUGGGAGCAGUUGGCGUAACUCUCUGGCACAUAAUCCAGACAUCCUCGACCACUGCGAGAUCACUGGUUAUAUCUUCUUGCGCGUUUUGGGUUUUCACAACUUUGAUUCGAAUUGUUCGCAUGGUCUUCUCGGGCCACACAGGAGAAAUUUUAAGCUAUUCCGGAGAUAUGGAUGCUGUAACAGUCACCGUCAGACUUAAAAGGCCGAUUGAAGUACGCCCUGGAUCUUACUUUUAUUUAUACCUUCCUUCACGAUGGGCGAAGUAUAAUUUUCUCCACAGCGUCACGGCAAUGGUGUACUGGUAUCCGCCUGAAGAUGGCCCAGGGGCUAUAAGGGAAGUUACAUUUUUGCUCUCUCGCGCCAGCUACAACGCAUCAAUCGUUACAGUUUUACGAGAAGGUCAACUAAUAUUACUGGAUGGGCCGUAUGGGCAAGACUUGCAGCUACACAAGCACCAAAACGUAGUACUUGCCGCAAAAGGGAUUGGUAUAGCCGCAAUUCUACCUUUAGCACUGGAUAUUGGUGCUCGACGCUGCCACGACGACAUUGUUCGAGCUAAGCUACUGAAGAUUGGCUAUAAGCUACGGGAGGUGAUAGAACAGAAGAGUAAGGCGCCAGCUAACGAACUUGCUCAUAUUCUCCGAGAAGAGAAACUUUUGAUAGAAGAAAAGGAAAAGCUGGAGAGACAGAAGUUACAUCGCGAUGCGAUCAAGAAAGUGGAUUUAUAUUGGUCUCUUGAAGAUAACUCUCAAAUGUCUUGGGCACAAAAAGAACUUCAGGCUCUCCAAAAACUUGAUCCAGAUCAUAAACUGUUUAUAGCCUGGUGUGGGUUUCCAAAGCCUGAAAGCGGCUAUUCGCCAUUUACGAAAGGCCAAUCUCACUGGAAAUGUAUCUAUUCAGUACCAUCUCAAACUUUUGAGAAGCUUUUAGUGCAUAAGAUCAAAGAAGAACGACAACGCUUGUCAGGCAGUCUUGCAGUUAUAGCCUGUGGGGAUGUUCCUUUUAUGGCCAAAGUUCGGACUGGUGUCAUUGAAAGCAUAGACAAUAAGAACAUUGAGUUCAAAGAGACAGAAUUCCAGCCAAUUUCUUUCGCCCGCAACAAGUUGAAAGAAUCGAAGGCUGGAACAACAAGGGCAAAACGUGAUACAAUGAGCGAGGAUGAUGCUUCACUUCUUCGGAAAUCCAAGCUGGAAAAAGGAGAUCAAGAUCUGCAGACCAUUCCAGUAUAG